UCUUUUCAUUUUUAGCAAGACUAAGUUUAUUUACAUAAUGGAUACACACAUCAGGAAAAUGGCAUGGUUUUUGGAUAACGAUCAAUAUUUGGAAAAAAUUGGGUUGACAAAAUUCCAUCAACAGGGUGAUCAUCCACAAGGGCAAGAUUUUGCUGUGCCUCCUCUAGGACCAGAUAAUGCAUUGCUGGGAACACAUAGCAGCAUGACACAAGAUGUGCUGAGUGGACAAAUGAAGAAAACACAGUCUCAAAAGGUGCAAACAACAGAAGAAUGGAUAAAAAGCUACAGUUUGGAAUCUUUGCAAUUAACAUUAGAGUAUCUGUGCUCCAGGAAUUCAGGAAAUGGUGGUGAAGUGAUGGAGUUUACAGAGGAGACUGUUGCUGAUUUUGAAUCCAGACUUUCUGAAGUGAUUGAACUCUAUCAGCACCGAAUUCAGUGGCUGCUGCAGGACAGCAGAAAGGUGUUCGGUGUCAUAAAAGGAACUAAAGUUGGACUUUUGGUUGAUGUGUCUCACUUGAGUUAUGGACCUAGACUGUUGGAUUUUCAGAAGAACCUUUUGUGCUUAAUAGAUGAGCAGCUUUGUUAUAAGAAGGAAUUGUACUGCCUCUCAUUCAGUGCAGACAUUUCACCACUGUGGGAGAGUCCAAAAACCAUCAAUGUCCAUGUGCUUCAUGAAGCAAGACAGUGGGUGCAAGAGCUGGAGCCUGGUCGAGGCUGCAAUUUGCUGAAAGCCUUGAGGCAUGUCCUUCCCAUGAGAGACCUGAAUUCCUUGGUCCUUAUUGUAGGAAGCUGCCCUGACCAGUCUUUUGAAAUAUUAUGUGAUUAUGCACAGCAGUGUACACUGGGGAGAAAAGUGCAGAUUCACACUGUUACAUAUGAUUGCAGCAACCCUGCUUCCCUUGCAGUUCUAAAGAACCUUGCAGAAGCUGUAGGAGGCCGUUAUCAUUGCUACUCUUCCCAGGGAGAGAAUUUUGAUAGCAGUGAUUUUCAUCUGCUACUUCAGGAAUCCCAGAAGGCUAAGGACCUACUCAAGAGCAUCAAACAGAGUUUUCAAAGAAGAGUUGGUGGCUUCCUUGGUAAUAAAAGAGCAGAUGUUUCCACAGCAUUUGCAAAUUCAGCACCUUCUAGCUUCUUCCCAAAGCCUCCAAGGCACAAAGCACCAUUAGUUAUUCAAACACCAGGCAUCCAGGCCAAAACCUCAGCAGACUGGUUAAAGACCUAUGGAUUGAAAGCUAAAAAGUUAGACCUUUAUCAAGUUCUGGCUCCCAAUGCUUUCUCUCCUGUGGAAGAUUUUGUACCUAUCCUUAAAAAAACAGUAUCAUCAACUCUGCAUGAGGCAAUGAUGAUGCAGUUUGAGUGGUAUGAUGGAACUGUAAAAAAUAUCCAUGUUGACCUGCCAGUACUGUACAACUAUCAGAAAGUCCUUGCUAAAAUGGUAAGAAUCUAUGAGAAACGAAUUGACUGGCUGUCUGUUGCUAGCAGAAGAAUAUGGGGAAGUGUUUGUGAAAGAAGGGUGGUUGUACUUGUUGAUAUAUCAGUGACAAACUCUGCCUACAUCUCUCAUAUCCAACAUUGUUUGCGACUUUUGCUUGAGGAACAAAUGUCAAAUAAGGAUUGCUUCAAUAUUAUAGCAUUUGGGAGUGACAUUGUGCCUUGGCAGCAGGAACUGUGUCCUUGCCAGCCAGAAAACUUAGAAAAGGCUUGGAGGUGGGUGUUGAGCUUGGAGUGCAAGGGCAGUAGAAAUUUCAUGAGUGCCCUCAGAAGAGCAGUGGAAGUUGACUUCAAAGACAAAGAUAAACACAAAUCACAGGGACUCUACCUGCUGACUACUGGAAUACCUGAUCAGGAAACACACACAAUCAGUGCUUACGUGGCUGAGGCUUGUGGAGGUUUGGAUUUGCAGCUCCAUGUCUGUCUGCUCAGUGUAACAGAGGGCACUGACUCCAGUGGGAUCAUUCCAGCCCGCUAUGCCACCCCCAGGGAGACUGCCAGUGCUUUGAAAGAAAUUGUACAGGCAGCCAGUGGGAGGUUUCACUGGUUUGGAGAAACAGGUAUUUUUGAAAGUGAUGAUAUUACCAGUAUUAUAUCUGAAAUGGGAAAAGCAAAGAACUACUCCCAAAAGUGUGCAUUCCUGGUGCAGUCCUUAAAGCAACGCUCAGGAAAUCAGUCUGUGAAACCCCUCACAGCAGAAGGAGACACAAAUGUGCUUAUGAGGAAUGAGAAAAAAAACCCUCAGAAGGUGCCAUCUCCUAAAGCCACAGCUGUGCUUAAGGAUGUUAAAGACAACCAUGGUGCAGAGAAAAAUACUCCUGUAAGAGCACUGGCAUGGCGUCCUCCUAGUGCCAAAGCAGGAAUUCCACCAGCACAAACAGUAAAAGAAUGGCCUCAGACUGAGAAUAAAGGGAAGCACAAACCCAGGAAGCAGCCAGAGCUUUCUGUGUCUGCAUUUUACACUGAAGAAGGAAGAAAUGUGGGUACAAUAUAUCAGAGAUAUCCCAAGGCAGUGUGUGUAAAAAAAACUGUUUGCUCUGUCAAAUUGCCAGAGGAAGAGGAAAUCUGUUCAAGCAAAGAGUGGCUGACCAAGUACAGUAUUAAAAAGCUUAACCUGGAAUUGCCCAGGCUGAUGUUUGGUCCAAGCUGUACCCACCAGAAGACAACUGUGGAGUCUCUGCACAAGAAAGUAUCAGCAAAAUACUGUUCUGUCUUCCCCAGUGCAGAAAUCAAUGGGGUUGUGAAACAUCUGCAGUUUCAGCCCAGAGAGCUGGAAACCUACAGAGAGCAGCUGGAGAAGGUGCUGCAGCGCUACAUCCAGAGAGUGCAGUGGCUUCUCUCAGGAAGCAGAAGAUGGUUUGGUACCAUUGUAGAAACAAAUGUCUGUGUUUUGAUUGAUACAUCUGGUUCCAUGGGCCCAUACCUGCCACCUGUCACAAAAGAACUUACCUCCCUUAUCUGGGAACAGCUGAGAAAAAAUGAAGUCAGGUUUAACCUGCUGAGAUUUGCAGAAAAUACAGAGAGUUGGAAAGAGCAUCUUGUAGAGGCAACUGAUGAAAGCUGCCAUGAUGCUGUGCAGUGGGCUGCCACAUGCCAUGCUCAUGGCAGCUCCUGCAUCCUUGCAGCUUUACAGAAGGCUCUCAGUUUCCAAGGUGUAGAGGCACUGUAUCUAUUGACUGAUGGAAAACCAGACACCAGUUGCAGUCUGAUUUUGAAAGAAAUUGAAAGAUUGAUAAAGAAACAAGAUAUUAAAAUCCACACCAUUUGUUUUAGCUGUGCAGACAGAGGAGCUGUUGAAUUCCUGAAGAAGCUUGCUUCCCAAACAGGAGGGCGCUUCCACUGCAGCUCUGGAGGUGAAGAUGGACAAUUAGCAGCACACAGAAUAUUGACAGAGGGGCUGGAUGAUGAAGAUAAUCCAGUUUUCCCGUACUUUGAAGGAGAUGAUCUAAAGAACCUUACUCAAGAAGUAGCAAAAGCUAGAAGUUUCUUAAAGCAGGCAAAAUCUUGGAGAUUAUUGCUUGAAAAAUGGAACACAAACCAAAAAGACAACUCUGGCUUCCAAAAAAAGUGUUCAGGAUUAAAUUUUAGAUGAAGAAAAGAUGCUGAAGAGGUUUGGAAUGAUACCAUUCACCUGCUUCUUUUCAAAGUGUGCUCACACCUUCCAGCUGCCAGCAGAAAGAUGAUUUUUUUCUUUGUUGUCACAACUGCUGGCAAGACAAGAAGUUGCAGAUAAGUGCUGCACUCACUCCACUGGCAGAUUUUGCAGGAUUCAAAAUAAAUCAAGCCCUGAACUCUACAAAGUUUAAAUAGAAGUAGAGGAUAGUUUUCAGUAUAGCUAAUAGAAAUUUUUAAAGAGUAUGUAUCAGUGGUGAUACAGGAUCACAACUUUUGUUUCUCUUUUACUGCAUUGUAUUGAUAAUUUCUUCAAUUAGUUGCUGGUAUGUCUGAAUUGCCAUUUUUGUCUGUUGUUUGAAAAUUCUUUACUGAUGCUUAUUAUCCCUAACAGAUGGCUGUGAUGUUAGGAAGAUAAUUCUUUAUGCCAGUAUUGCAUAGAAAGUCCAAGAAAUAACCUUAGUGCAGAAAACAAAGCUUAUAAUUAAUGUUUUUACACAGAGAAGUUUUGCUAAUAAUUAUUUUGACUCUUUACUUUUUGUGUUGGCAGUAGAGAACAAUUUAGAGCUGGAUGAGACAUGCAAGAAAAUAAUACCCUGUUGCUGAUGUAGCCCGAUUGUGUUUUUAUAACCAGACACUGCCUAUCUUUUGAGCAAUUCUAUUCUUAUAUAUUUCCUGUCUAGAAAGAUUAGAAAUAUGUUUGCCAGUAUCAGUUGAUUUGUGAGAUAUGUUUGUUUUUUACUGAUUUCUGUAAUGACAGCUCACUAGUAUUUUGUGGAUCUUCACUGUUGUCUUUUAGAGUGUUAGAAAUUCAUCUCAGGUGUUUCAUAUAUGUAAUAUAAUAAAAAUAGAGUCAUACUUCAG